AUGAAUAAUAAUUCCCACGUUGUUAAAAAGGGAUACAUUUCCGUGAAGGAGGAUGGUUUAAGAGCCUGGAUUUGGUCAAAACGAUGGAUGUUGCUUAGAGAACAAACCCUCACAUUUCAUCGUAACGAAAAUACUUACCAAGCUGUUGCGUUGAUUUUCCUCAAGGAGAUUAACAGUGUUUCGCGGACAGAAUUGAAACCUUACUGCUUCGAAAUUCAAACUAAAGAUAAAACUUAUUACCUUUCUUGUAAAAAUGAUGAAGAAUUAUACUCAUGGAUGGAUGAAAUUUAUAACCGGUCACCUCUCAGUGGUGUCUCAAAUCCAACAAAUUUCGUACACAACGUACAUGUAGGGUUCGAUCCUGUUAGUGGGCUGUUUACUGGGAUGCCAGAGCAAUGGACUAAACUCCUUACAUCAUCAGCAAUUACUAAAGAAGAUUACGCAAAAAAUCCUCAAGCUGUUUUAGAUGUAUUAGAGUUUUACACGGAAAAUCAAAAACGAGAGCAAGAAGCAUAUGGACAGCACGGUCUGUUAGGACCGAUUACCGGAUUUCCAAACGCAGACGACAAAUGGGCUGACCUAUUACCAAAAAAUAAUAAUACGCCACAGAAAAAUAAACUAUAUCCUAGCCCUAGUGGUGGAUCUAAUGGAUAUGAUAUGUCUUCUAAGAUAUCACCGGUAAACAGUGUGGGUAGUAUCAGAGUAGAUCCAGAUUCUUCUAGGAAUAAUAACGAUCAACAGGUAACUCCACCAAAUCGUCCUCCGAUCACGCCAAGACCUCCCAAUACUUUAAGUUCUAACAAUUACAAUCAGAUUCAACAACAAUCUAUACCCCAAUCUUCUCAACGUGUUCCUGAAAAAUAUCAACAAUCGAACAACUAUCAACAACCCCCUCCAUCAUUAGUACCAAUGUCUCAACAAUCUACAAAUUAUUCGUCGUCUUCACAACAAUCGCAACAACAACCAAAGAAACCUGCACCUGAAAAAAGAAUUAGCACAAUGACUGAAGCACAAAUUAUGGAAAAAUUAAGAUCUGUUGUUUCUCCAGGUGAUCCUACAGCUUUGUACAGUAAAAUCAGGAAAGUUGGUCAAGGUGCAUCUGGAUCCGUAUACGUUGCUAAAUCUCUCCAAUCUAAUGCUAAGGUCGCUAUAAAACAAAUGGAUCUUUCACAUCAACCACGAAAAGAACUAAUUGUUAAUGAAAUUCUUGUGAUGAAAGAAUCUCAACAUCCAAAUAUUGUCAACUAUCUUGAUUCAUUCUUAGUAAAAAGCAACGAGCUUUGGGUUGUCAUGGAAUAUAUGGAAGGUGGCGCGUUAACAGAUGUUAUUGAUAAUAAUACGCUAGAGGAAGAUCAAAUUGCCGCAAUAUGCUAUGAGUUAACUGAUCAAAAGAACAAACGAGCGACAAUGGUUGGUACCCCAUAUUGGAUGGCACCUGAAGUUGUAAAACAAAAAGAAUAUGGUGCAAAAGUUGAUAUUUGGUCUCUUGGUAUCAUGGCUAUCGAAAUGAUUGAGAAUGAACCGCCAUAUUUAGAUGAAGAACCACUUAAAGCACUGUAUUUAAUUGCCACAAACGGAACUCCAACUUUGAAAAAGCCGGAAAAAUUGUCACGUGAAUUAAAAAGUUUUCUUGCAGUCUGUCUUUGUGUAGAUGUUAAGA